AUGGCCGGCGCAAAGAAGACCACGGCCCCGUCCGCGACGGCGGCGGGCAAGAAGAAGAACCUCGGCCACGUGCUCGUGAUUGGCGGCUGCGGCUUCCUGGGCCACCACGUCGUCAACGUGCUGCUGCGCGACUACGCCUGCGCCGCCGUCUCGGUCGUCGACCUCGUCUGCACGCGCUACCGCCGGCCCGACUCGGACGGCGUGCGCUACUACGACGCCGACAUCACCGACCUCGUCAGCCUCGUGUCCGUCUUUGACGAGGCCCGCCCAGACGUCGUCAUCCACACGGCCAGCCCCCUCGCCCAGGGCGAGACCAAGACCGCCCACGCCCUCUUCAAGAAGGUCAACGUCGACGGCACCGCCGCCGUCAUCGAAGCCUGCUGCAAGACGGGCGUCAAGGUCCUCGUCUACACGAGCUCCGCCAGCGUCGUUAGCGACAACUACAACGACCUGAUCAACGCCGACGAGAGGUGGCCCGUGAUCCGGGGCAAGGAGCAGACGCAGUACUACUCGGAGACCAAGGCCGAAGCAGAAGAGAUGGUCCUCAAGGCCAACGAACCCGGCAAGCUGCUGACCUGCGCCAUCCGGCCCUCGGGCAUCUUCGGCGAGGGCGACCGCCAGGCCAUCGUCGGCAUCCUCAAGGUCUACCUCGAGCGCAAGCACCGCUGGCAGGUCGGCGCCAACGACAACCUCUGCGACUACACCUACGUCGAGAACGUCGUCCACGGCCACCUGCUCGCCGUGCACGCCCUGCUCGCGACCUGGGCCCUGCCCGAGCCCCUGUCCGCCGACGAGCGCGUCGACGGCGAGGUCUUCAUCAUCACCAACGACAGCCCCAUCUACUUCUGGGACUUCAACCGCGCCAUCUGGCGCGCCGCCGGCUGGGACGGCGCCGACAUGGGCUCCGUCUGGCACCUGGGCCGCGACGUCGGCCUGCUGCUUGGCUCCCUCGCCGAGUGGGGCGCCUGGCUCGCGCGCAAGAACCCGACCUUCACCUACCAGCGCUGCGUCUUCGCCUGCAUGACGCGCUACUUUGACAUCACCAAGGCCAAGAAGAGGUUAGGCUACGUGCCCCAGGUCAGCCUCGAGGAGGGCGUCAGGAGGGGCGUCGCGUGGGCGAUGGAGCAGCACAGGCAGGAGGCUGCCAAGGCUUGA